GUUUUUUAGCUAAACACUCCGAGUCAGACACCGGCUUGAGGGAAUUUGGUCUGUGUAAUGGAUAGCCUGUCUGUGAUUUUUCCGCAAGCCACUCUUGGAGUUCACUGAGCUGGUAACCAGCCAAAAAUGAGACGCAGUGAAGGAAGAUUCGCUAGAGAAGUCGUGUGUAUCGAGAUAGUUCAGUAUUUUCUCCUUGACAUGGAGCUUGUGUAAUUAUGUGGGCUCUAAUGACAUGCAAUUAACAUGUGAUUGAUCUAACAUGUGCUACGAUAUAAAAUGAAAAAGUAAGAUCGAAGUUGAAAAACCUACAUAAAAAUAGGCUGCACUUGAAAAAAGAUCAAUCCCUAAAAUGGCCAAAACAAUGGCCUUUUAAGAAAUAGUUUUUGUAAUUUCGCUAUGCGACCUACAGGGUCCCUAAACCGGUCGGUCCUGUUAGGUUCCCAGUAAAACAGAAAAUGGCAUAAUUUGAUUUGUGCUGCUUCCUUUGGAGUGACGCACAUGACGGUCCUGUGAUCGCUUUUCAUAAAAGUACGCGUUAGAACGUUUGGUUUUAGAACAGUGUACUAGACCUGACACCGUGGAGAAUCCACGAGGAUCUUAAUAUGAACAGAAUCACCAUGCGCGUGGAAACCUGUCUCUUCGUGUCCGCUCUGCUUUUAGGAGCAUCCGUCCCUUCCACCGCUGGACCGCUCCACGCGCAGUGCAAAGUAGAAUGGUAUUUUGGGGUGCCCUGCGGGGCGGUCUACGUGGCCCUGGUGAAUCAGAUAAAGAAGUGGGCCACCAUCAGCAGCUGUGCAAUGGGAGGGGAGAAGUGUCUCUACACCCUGCAGUCGGCUAGCCUGCACUUCAUUGCAGCUAAGCACACGGUACCACUGAGGAAGUAUGUGGAUGACCUCAGCUUCCGCCUGGUUCCCUACAAGCUGUUCACCCACUGCCGUGUGGCGGCCAUGUCUGUUUCUGAAACCUGGUAUGCCAUCCGUGACCACGGCACCAACUACUGCAACCUCUACAACCUCAUAGAUGGUAGCAGGCUUAACGAGGCUCCUGGGUACACAGAGAUUACCAGCGAGUUCAUCUGCACUCAGCGAUCAUCUGCUAACUGUACAGUGUACUGAGAAUGAUGGCAUCAUAUGUAUGGUGCACUGGCACUGAGACUGCUAAAUAUGUUAUACUGGCACUGAGACUGGUAAAUGUGUCCUACUGGCACUGAGACUGCUAAAUAUGUUAUACUGGCACUGAGACUGGUAAAUAUGUUAUACUGGCACUGAGACUGCUAAAUAUGUCCUACUGACACUGCUAAAUGUCAUAUUGUCACCUCCAACUGAGGUUGAAAAUCCAAGUUAAGAAAGUUAAAGUCCUCCCCAGUAUUUUGUUCCAAUCACCUGGAUUUGCUAAUUGGCACAAUUCUUCCGUCAGCAGGGAGGGAGCUGGGCUGAGCUCAUGGGUGGAAGAAAACACACGGCCGGACUUUUACUUUCUGACCCCUGGACUUUCCACCUCUGCACACCCACCUCACCUACUUCAGCUCUAUAAAUACAGUCAGGCGGGCUGCCAGAGCCCCUUUACCCAAACGCGCCCCCCGCUUGCAUUAUGAAACACAUUUCUCAUCCCCUCCCCACCCCCAAAACCCUUUGACAAUGGUGACGAGAAGGAGAAGGAGGGCGUGCAUCAUUGUGUCAGGAAAUAAUCACGGUUUGCGGUUGUGCUUGGCCUUCCAGUUAAUGUCUUAGAGACAUUUUUUUCCCCCAGUAAAUGAAUUUAGCGCGUGUUUGAUGACAGACAUUGUGAAAAUUGCGCUCCGCUGUCCUCAGGUAGCUCCUGGCCGAUGGCUUAACUUUGUUACGUGUGCUCUGUACCACAUAUUUUGUUUUAGUUUUUUUCGCUGGUCUUGAUUUCACGCACUGACAUGUUUAGGAUGUUUUUGUUCCCCCUGAAUCAAUAAAUUGCCCAAUAAGACCCUGCAACUUGGAGUGGA